UGAGGCCUCACCAGUGCAGUGUUGCUGCCAGGGGCAGUAGGGAUCAUGCCAGGCUUGGUUGGCUCCUCCAGAUCCAAGCCACGUCCAGCCACGUGCUUUGUGGCUGUGGAAACCGGGGUGUGACAUGCCCUGCAGCCUGGCAUACACGUUCCUCCCUUGUUCCCAGGCCCCGGAGGCCAGUACCUCAGGCUAGCAUUGGCCCAGCGCAGGACUUUCUUCCUCUUGAUGCUCAACCUGACUGGUGAUUCUGUCCUCAGGCAGGCAUGGAGCUCCAGUGCUCCUUGCAGGACCGCAGUGCGUGUUGGCUGUAGCCAACAUGAAGGGUCCCUUGGAAGCAUUUACCUCAUGCCCACCUCCUGCUAGUGGGCUGGGAAAUGGGUGCUUCCCCUUUGCUCCAGGAGGUUUGUGGAAGUGUUCCCAGGGUCUUUUGAAGCAACUGGGCUGGGGCCUUCCCUGGUGUCCGGGUUUGGCCUUGCCCACCUCUCCCUUGCUGCUCAGUGUAGAGCUGUCUUUAAGAGCCAGUUCUUGGCUAAUUCUUGGCCAUGUGUUUCCUGCCAUACGGGAAGUGGUUGUGUGUUCCUGACAGGAGACACUGUGUUUGCCUUUACGUCUCUCCCUGCAAAGGCUGCUUUCGCCUGGCGUGUGCCAAAAAAGAGGCUGUUCUCUCCUUCUUGGAGCCCGUGGGGGGACUCCCGGGGAGGGGGAAGGGUUGCUUCGUCCCCUGUUGUCUUGCAGGGAAAGUCUCUCAGGGGACCUGUGUGGCCCUGGGCUCGUAUCCAAGGUUUACGCUGAGCUCUCUCCAGUUCUCCUCAUGCUGCGUUGUUGGGCACGGUCUCCUCGUGUUUGUACAAGUAACUCCUCUCUGCUGCCCUGGCUCUGCUCCACGUGCUGGCAGCAGGGCUGUGAGGGUAUGGUGUAGCAACCUCUGCAGCCUGGUUGGGUCUCAUGGGCAGAUGUCGAUCAGAUCCAAGGGCUGGUCCGAGUUGUCACAAAAUCUCUCCUUCCCCAGGACGUACUGAAACCAGCGUUCACUGUCACCAACCUGCCGGGGACAACGUCCACCAUCCAGACAGCCCCCACCACCUCGACCUCCAUGCAGGUCAGCAGUGGCCCGUCAUUCCCCAUCACCAAUUACCUGGCGCCAGUGUCUGCCAGCAUCAGCCCCAAUGCCGUCACCAGUGCCAACGGGACAGUGCUGAAGACUACUGGAGCCAGUGCAGUGACGUCUGGGGGCCUCAUGCCGAUACCCACCGGCUUCACCCUCAUGUCAGGUGCUUCCCUUUCUCCGGGGACCCCUACCAUUCCUCUCACUCAGUUACAGCCGCACUCCCUGGCUCUUUCCAGCCAGCAGGGCCAGGUGGUGGCGGGUACAGCUGGACAGCCGCAGCAGGCACAACAGACAGUCUUCCGCUUCCCCGCCAGAGCUGGAGGGCAGAUCGUGUCGCUGACAGGUGGUACCAUGGCUCAGCAGGUCCCAGUCCAGGCAAUCCAGGUGCACCAGGCACCGCAGCAAACGUCUCCCUCUAGUGACAGCAGCACUGACCUUACCCAGACCUCUUCCAGCGGAACAGUGACCCUCCCGGCGACCAUCAUGACGUCGUCUGUGCCAACCACUGUGGGUGGCCACAUGAUGUACCCCAGCCCACAUGCGGUGAUGUACGCGCCCACAUCUGGCCUUGCGGACGGUGGACUUGCAGUCCUCAACGCUUUUUCACAGGCGCCCUCAGCGAUGCAGGUGUCCCACGGCCAGGUCCAGGAUCAGGGUGGCGUCCCCCAAGUGUUCCUGACAGCCCCAUCAGGCACCGUUCAGAUCCCAGUCUCAGCUGUCCAGCUUCACCAGAUGGCUGUCAUCGGGCAGCAGAGCAGCAGUGGCAGCAGCCUGACGGAGCUGCAGGUGGUCAACUUGGACACCUCGCACAGCGCCAAGAGUGACUGAGAGGCCUCUGCUGCCGGCCUUGUGCUGUCCCUGGCUUGUCCUGCCAGUGCCGGGGGCUGGUGGCAAUUCCUUCUCGUACAGACUGCACCAGUUAUUUAUUGUUGCCUUUUCACGUUUCCUUCAUCCACACAUGCACACACACACGCACCCACCCACCCACACACACACACACACACAGAGACAGAGGAAUGCACGUGGGGCUGCAGGACCCACCUGGGCUGGAGCUGUGCUGGGGCCGUGCAGGGCUUGGGGGGCGUUUGGAUGCCGCGGUAGCUGUGCUCGUCCCAUGCCAGCCAAAGAAAACGUGUCUCUUGAGGGCAGGAUCGCUCUGCGCCGUAAAUAAGUACCGCGGGCCAUGCCCAGCUGGAGGCUCUGGCUCCUCCUGGGUGCUCCGAGUCACCUUGCUCUGCGUGGGGCUCAGCUCGGACCCCGAGCCGUGGUGCGGACGCAGCUCGGAGCAGAGGCUGUGCCGCCGGCCUCAGCAAUGUGCCUUUGUGGGGGUGACGGGUCCUUGGCCGCAGCAGCUCAACCCUGGGCUCUGGACAGCGAGGAGGGGGGCGAGUGGCCAGCUUGCACGUGCAUCUCUUGGUUGGGCCAGCGGGCCCUUCCCUCUUGGGAGGUCAAGGGCACAGCCUGCGGCCGAUGGUGGCCCUGUCCUCCUCGUAUGCACUACAGUGAGCCCUCAGUGCCUCCUCGCUGGGCUGCCUGGCAGAUUUGCAGCCUGUCGGGCUCUGCCCCCCCCGGCGGCUGCCCUCGCACAGCUGAGGUGGUCGGUUGGGAUGCCCAGGAGAGCUCCUGGGGGUGCUCCGUGGCCAGCCUAGCCCCACAUUCUCUUCUUAGCCCCUCGCACUGCUUGCGGACUCCGUACACCCAGGGGAAGGUGGCUGGGUCUUUCCCCGCAUCCCCCUGCAGCUCCAGCCAGCGCUUUUCUGAAUUUCUGUGUCUGAUGCAAGGUGGAGAAACAACUCAAGUGUCAAAGGGAAGACAUGUGCCCAUGUGGGGCACCGAGCCGCCGGGUAGGCGGCCAGGCUCUUUUCUCUGAGCACCAGGGUGACCUGCUGGCCAUCCUGGGCCGUGGAAGAGCAGUUGUGCUGCCUGUGCAAGGCUCAGCAAGGCCAGGGGAGAAGGGCUGGAGCAUGCUUGGUCCUGCAUGGGAGUUGCUGUGAAUGGCUCUGCUACCUAGCCCUGUCCCUGGAGGGAGAGCGAGCAAGUGAGAGAAGCUGCUGAAUCUUUAGGGGAAGAAGCAGCUACUGUAACUUUUUUUUUUUUUUUUUUUUUUUAGUUUAAAAAAAAAAAAAGCUUGGGA